AUGAUAUUGAAAAAAGCAAAAAGUACAACAUUGGAUGACUCAUCGAAUGAAGCAUUACUUUGUCAAAUUGAUUGGCGAAGUGAAUGUUUGCAGGAAAGAUUGAAACUUACACGGUGUGUUAAUGAACGAAUGCGAAUAUCGGAAUUGUUGAUUGUUAGUUUGAUCGAAGCAUAUGAGAUUGCUGCCCAAUGUAUGGCAACAUUUUCAGCGGCCAAAUUGAAGCAACGCAUCGAUGGUUUAUGCUCAAUGAUUAGUGAUUAUUUGCGCAAUUUUUCUGAAUUGAAUAAAAUAUCAUUGGUAAUCGAAGAAGGUAUCGAAUUAUUAAGGCUUAUCUAUAAUGAAGCAAAAGAUGAAUUUGAUGCAAUCGUGCAAAAUAAAUCAAAAAAUGAAAAUGAGGGAAAAAAUUUAAUGGUAAUAAUGAACGAAAUCAAUCUUGUCUUGCAACAUUGUGGUUGGUGUGAUGUAACCUUUAUUAAUAAGGAAGAAAUGAAAUCAAGUAAUAUCACAAAUGCAUGCACUGAUUCUAAUAGAGCGAUCGAUCAGAGUAAUAUAUCAGCGAAUGAUUUAUCAUCAUCCGAUGAUCUCGACCAUGAUGAUAUCAUUGAGGCACGCUUUUAA